CAAUAAUGGCAGUGAGAUCUCUUCUUCUCAUCCUGGGACUCACUGCAGCCGCUGUUAUUGAGGCUCAGGGACCAUGGCAAACAGACAACAGAGAGCUCAACCCAUCAUUAUUCCACGUUGAUGACAACUAUGAGUGGACUUCCUGGUUCAAUGUGGACCAUCCAGGGGGUCGUGGAGACUAUGAGCAGCUGGAGGCCAUUCGUUUUUAUUAUAAAACCCGAGUGUGCGCUGUCCCGCGAGCACUGGAGGCCCGAACCACUGACUGGAUCCCAGCAAGAGAGACUGGGGAGAAGGUCCACGCCGACCCCACUGUGGGCUUCUGGUGCCUCAAUGAAGAGCAGGGGCAAGAGCGCAACUGCUCCAACUACGCUGUGCGCUUCCUCUGUCCAAAAGGCAGUGUUGAUGUGGAGGGCACCUGGGGUCCCUGGUCAGACUGGAGUGAAUGCCCUGCUCUCUGUGGGCAGAUUGGGAUGCAGCUCCGCUAUAGAAAGUGUCAGAGCAACUCUGUGCCAUGCAUUGGGUCUAAAGUUGAGGGUAAAGAGUGCCAUGGGCCUAAAUGUCCCAAGAAAGAGUGCAGGCUGAAGUGUGUGAUGGGCAGAGUGAACGUUGACUGUGAUGCCUGUAUGUGUGAGGACCACAUGGUGCUGGGCUCAGUGCGUGGGGCAGGGGGCCUGGCAGCAGAGGGUGCUGUGAUCCUGCGCUCUGGUAAACUUCUGACAGUCAGUGAUCACAAUGGACACUUCAGAAUCCCAGGCCUCUGUCCAGAUGGUAACACCACAGUGACUGUGAGGUUGCAGGGGCAUGCCUCCCAAAGUGUGAUAGUCCCACAGAGCACUGCCCGCACCUCUGUGCUCAGUGUGCAGCUGCACCGCACAGAGAAACUUCAUGUAUCAAGCAACCCUGAAAGCAAGAUCAGAAGGGAAGGACAAACAGCUGCAUUCUGCUGCAAAGUGGCAGGAACCCCUCUUCCAGACACGUACCAGUGGUUUCACAACAACAGCCUCCUUGAGAGACAGUCACAAAGCACACUGGUUCUGAAGAAUCUUCAGCCUGAGCAGGCAGGCGAGUACUACUGCAGAGCAAGUGGACCAUCAGGAGCCAUCAAGACCAAGCCAGCCACACUCAAAAUCCUUGGCAACAAAGAAGAGUCAUGCAAUCCCACACCUGAACCAAAUCUUAUCCGGCUUCCCUAUGACUGCUUCCAAAACAGCACCAACUCCCUCUACUAUGACGUGGGCAGGUGUCCUCCCAGAACAUGCUCUGGGCAGCUGGAUAGUGGCAUCAGAUGCAAAGACAAAGUUUCUUAUUGCUGUGGAGUGGCCAGGAUGGAGGAGAAGCACCUGCAGUGCCAGGGCUAUGAGCUCCCAACUAUGGUGGUGACCCAGUGUGGCUGUGAGAAAUGUGUGGAGACCAAGGCAACCGUGUAUGGCAGGGCAGUUGCAGUGGACAAUGGUGAGCCAAUGAGAUUUGGACAUAUUUUUAUGAAUGGAGUUCGUAUCAGUCGCACAGGCUACAAGGGCACCUUCUCAGUCCAAGUUCCUCCAGACACAGAGAGACUAGUUUUAACCUUUGUGGACAACAUGCAGAAAUUUAUAAACACUACUAAAGUCCUUCCGUUCAACUCAAAGGGAGGAGCUGUUUACCAUGAAAUAAAGCUGAUAAGAAAGAAAGCCCCUGUGACUAUUAGUUCAACAGAAACAAACACACUUGAGCUGGGGGAAGUGGAAGGACAAGAAGCCAUGGUACAACUCCAGAUUCCUCCCCAUUCAUUUUACACAGAAAGUGGAGAGGUCUACACUGGCAAUGUCAAUGCUAGCGUUACAUUCCUCGACCCCAGAGAUGUGUCCACAGCUGCAGCGGCUCAAAGUGAUUUAAACUUUGUUGGUGAAGAAGGUGACACUCUUCCUCUAAGAACGUAUGGGAUGUUUUCAGUGGAUUUUCGCAGUGGGGACAAAAAUGAACCCCUAAACGCAGGUGAAGUUAAGGUGUUUUUGGAUUCCGCGCAGGUGACCAUGUCUGACCAUCUUGACAACAUGAAGUUGUGGUCGCUGAAUCCUGAAACUGGACUGUGGGAGGAAGAGGGAAGAUUGCAGAUGGAGAAAAAGAAGAGAGGAAAACGUGAGGAGAGGACUUUUCUGAUUGGAAACAUGGAGAUCAGAGAGAGAAGACUGUUUAACCUGGAUGUCCCGGAGAAUCGAAGAUGUUAUGUCAAAGUCCGAGCUUUCCGUAGUGAGCGCUUUAUGCCCAGUGAGCAGGUUGAAGGGGUGGUGGUUAGCCUUAUAAACAUGGAGCCUACAGCUGGUUUCUCUACAAAUCCAAGAGCAUGGGGAAGAUUUGAUAGUGUUAUCACGGGCCCGAAUGGUGCGUGUCUUCCUGCCUUUUGCGAUGAACAGAUAGCAGAUGCCUACACCGCCUUUGUUAUGGCCAAUCUUGGUGGAGAGGAACUGGAAGCUGUCCCGUCUAGCCCCAAACUUAACCCCAACCUCAUAGGUGUACCCCAGCCCUUCUUAGGUAAACUCAACUACAGGCGCACAGACCAUGAUGAUAACAGACUGAAGAAGACUGCAUUUAGCAUCAAUGUGGCAAAACCCGGUUCAAAUGCAGCGGAGGAGGGAAAUGGUCCCAUCUAUGCUUUUGAGGGGUUAAAAGAGUGUGAAGAGGCCCCUUUUAGUGCAGCUCACUUUCGCUUCUCAAGAGUAGAGGGGGACAGAUAUGAUUAUAACACUGUACCAUUCAAUGAAGAUGAUCCAAUGAGCUGGACGGAGGACUACCUGAGCUGGUGGCCAAAGCCGAUGGAGUACAGAGCAUGCUACAUUAAAGUCAAGCUGAAUGGUCCACAUGAGCUCAAUGUAAGGUCAAGAAAUAUGGGCGGGACUCACCCAAAGACAGUGGGUCAGUUGUAUGGCCUUCGGGACACUCGUAGUAUAAGAGAUAUGGAUCAUUCCACUGUUUCGGCUGUGUGCGUAGAGUUCAAAUGCAGUGGUAUGUUGUAUGAUCAAGAGCGUGUAGACAGGACCCUGGUAAAGAUCAUCCCACAAGGCAGCUGCAAAAGAGAUCAUGUCAACACAAUGCUUCAGGAGUACUUGGUCAACCACCUGCCUUUAGCGGUCAAUAAUGAUACCAAUGAAUUCACUAUGCUAGCCCCACUGGACCCUCUUGGUCACAACUACGGGAUCUACACAGUAACAGACCAGGACCCCCGCACGGCCAAAGAGAUCGCCCUGGGACGCUGCUUUGAUGGCACUUCAGAUGGUACUUCACGUGUAAUGAAAAGUAAUGAGGGUGUAGCAUUGACAUUCACGUGCGGAGACAAGGAAGUGGGUCGCCAAAGUGUUUUCCAGACAGUUCAAAAUGCCCAGGCUCAGGCAGCGACCAGUGUGGUGAGGGGGGAGAGCAAGGGGGGCCGGAGGAGACAGAGGGGCUCCAAUGCACCACGAAACAGCCGCAGACGCAGUACCAGAGAUCCUGCAGGGAGGCGUAAACAGUGAAUGAUUAUAGAGAACUAAAAUGUACUGCGAUUUGUAAUUGAUGAAAAGUAUUUUUCAUAACUAAAAGCUUUAACUGUUUCUAGUCAGUUUCAGAUUAUCAUGUAUUUUUUGCAGAUU